AUGACAAAACUAUUAAAACUUUUCUGUAAUCGUAACAAAUGCUUACAACAACAGUCACAAGAGUUUUUAUUUGAGGACGAAGAUUGUGAAUUUAUUAUAAUGUUUCCUACAGCCGUUUGCGACAAUCUAACUUUGGAUAUUGUUAUUAUCCAACCAAAAAAUAAUGAAAAUAAUGCUAAUGAGGAUAGAGAAAUUAACAAUUAUAUUAAACAAUUUCAUGCAAACGCUUCUCCCACUGCUCUGAUCUGUGACCCUUCGGAAGGACUCAAUGUUCUUUUUGUAAAUUAA